AUGGUCCAAGAGGAACACGGCGCAGGAAUGCACACAACUGUAAUCGAAGGUGGCGCAAGACGGAGGCGGAACGGAAGAAGUGAUUGGCGCCGAGCAACGGCGCGCGGUAGAAGGCGGUGGAAGGUGCGUAGGUGGGAAGGUGCUUGGGGCAGGAAGGUAAAGUUUUUGGGGGGAGCAUUAAAAGAGAAGGCAGGGAUAUCGGAAAUGAUGUGUGUCCCCUUCUUCGGGUGGUCGGUCGGGUCCACGGUGACCCGGUCACCUCUCCUUUCGUCAAUCGGAACAAAUGCUGGUGCGCGCCGCUCCGCGGCACCGUCGUCGGUAUCGUCGGUAGAAUAG